AUGAUUCCAGAAUUCCCACUUCCUACUGUAGAUGCUGACUUCUACAAAUCACAAAUUUUCCAGCUACCCCCAAUCUUUGGGCACGCUGUGAACACUCCACAGCUCAUUGAGCCAACGAGUUUCUUAACCAAGAUGGACAGUCCAAUUGUUGACUCCCUCCGAUUGAAUUGCCUCCAGAAUGCCGUGAAACGUGCAACGAUCCGACAGAGUAACCUCGUCUCCAAACCAACGAGGAAUACCGUAUCCUCUCGAUCAAUCAACACUCUCAACUCAUUAUCUUCUCUGAUGAGCUCACUUGUCAUCACACAAUAA